GUACGGGGAUGUUAGUCGGGUUUGGGUUGGACGAAGCGCAACGCGUCUUUGUACUAUAAGGAUGAGUACAGGACUAUAUAAUUUUAUAUAAACUUCUCACUUCUUUAUCUCUCAGGUCUAAAUAUUUAUCUCGUUCAGAUUCGAUUUAUUCAACUGCAAAAUAAUAUUCUCAUUCAACUUCUAAGGUACCCUUUCCUUCUAUAUUCAGAAAUAUACUUCACUUAGUUCAAACCCUCUUCAACAUGUCACCCGUAACAAAUGGUCAGCUUAAUGGAGUCGACGCCGCGUCGGCGCCUCUAUGCCAUAUUGUUACCCCGGUAGGCAUGCUCGGCUAUGGUCUCGAUGAAGAGGAGAAUGCUGCCGCCUUAAGACAUCUCGUUGCGACGGGUAUUCCAACCGCCAUGAUAUUAGACUCCGGCUCGACUGAUAGUGGGCCGGACAGGCUUGCCCAGAAAGUAAUGGGACAGCCCCGAAUAGGUUACGUCCGGGACCUUAGGAAGCUUCUCAAGCUAACCCACCAGUUCCGAGUUCCGCUAAUUUUCAGCUCGGCGGGAGGAGAUGGAAUCGACGAGCACGUCCGGGAGAUCGUGCAAAUCAUCGAAGAAAUCUGCGCCGAGAAGGGAAAUGAGGAUUACUCCUUUAAGACCGUGGCCGUAUUUUCCAAUAUCGACAAGGAGACUGUCCGAGAACGACUAAAGGACGGACGUGUUCGAGGAUGUGGACCGUGUGUUCCGGAGCUAACCGAAGAGGACAUUGAUACGUCAACGGUAAUUGUUGCUCAAAUGGGACCUGAGCCAUUCGUCGACGCCAUGAAGGCAAACCCGGACUUUAACAUCGUUGCCGGCGGACGCGCCUACGACCCGGCCCCGUACGUUGCUUACUGUGCUUAUUUAGCCGGCCUAGAUUUCAACGACGUAACCUCGCCCGUGGUCAAACGCCAGCUCGGCGGAUUUACUCACAUGGGAAAGAUUCUAGAGUGUGGUGGAAUAUGUGCUGUGCCAAAGUCGCAUGGCGCCAUUGCUACGGUAUAUAAGGACGGAGGAUUUACCGUCUGUCCUUUAACGCCGUCGGCCUACUGUACUCCGGUGUCAGUGGCGGCACAUACCAUGUACGAGAAAUCACGCCCUGAUCUCCUGCAUGGACCGGGCGGAUACUUCGAUCUGAACUCGGCAACCUACGAGCAGUUACCAGACCAAAGGACCAUCAAAGUUCAGGGCAGCGUGUUCCAUUUCUCGAAGGAAAAUGGCCCGUACCAAGUAAAACUAGAAGCUGCUAGUGUCGUUGGGUACCGAUCUCUAUUCUUCGGUAGUUUCCGAGACCCAAUUUUGAUUAGCCAACUUGAUAAAUUAUUCGACCUCGUGAAAGCCUAUGCUGCUCAGCAGCACGCCGAUGUGGCUGAGAAGUGGGAGUUUGAUUUCCACAUCUAUGGGAAGCCAGAGGAAGAUGUAGAGAAUCUUUCUCCAGAAGUAUUCAUCAUUGGUGAAGCUCUGGCUCCUACGCAGGAGCUGGCAACUAGCAUCGCAUCUACCGCAAGAAUCGGUAUUAUUCAUGGAAGCUACCCAGGACAGAAGGCCACUUCGGGCAACUUCGCGUUUGGUAUUGGCGGCAAGUCUGUCAUCGAAACUGGGCCGUGCUCGCAAUUUACCUUGUACCACCUUAUGGACCUCGAAGAAGGCGAAGAGAAUUUAUUCCUGGGAGAUAGCAGCUCGACUGAACAAAAGCCAUUGUUCACACAGUCUGUUUCAUUAAUUGGCCGAGGAGACCGGCCGUCAGAUGCUCCCUUAUUGUUUGACGAUGUUCCUACAAACGGCUUCAAGCAGAACGGUGUGAAGAGCGCCGCAAGCGUUAAAGCUACCAACGGCAACGGCAACGACGUAACAUCAGCGCCCACCAAACUCGGGGACUUGGCUCAAGUCAUCAGGUCCAAGAACUCAGGGCCGUAUGAGAUCACCCUCGACCUCGUAUUCGCAUCCCGGGCUACUUACCUCAGGGUUAAGGAUUCCGGCCUUCUGUCUGUCCAAACAGUAGCCGAAGCCUAUAAACUGCCAGAGAGCGACAUUCUGUGGUGUGGAUUCUUCGACCCGGCCCAAGCGUUUAAAGCUACGAUCCCCCGUAUUCGGGCCGGUAGACGUAUGCCAGGUGGUGGUUUUAUGGAAAAUGAUGUUCAUGGGUCCCAGCAACAUCUCCCUCUUGUGAACUUGAAGUUACCAGAGGAACUACUUGCUUCCCUCGCUUCAGAGUAGUGCCGUGGGAGGUGCUGAUGUCGGUAUUAGUGUAUUUUAUUUUAUUCUAUGUAUUUGUACUUGGAGGUGGAUAUAUAGAUCCUUUCCUUUACUAGCUACCUAUGUUAGACG